AUGCUAAUUAUCGGUGUAGUACAGUGGGCUCUUCGACAGAGCGCAGAAGUUGAGAAUCAGGUAAGAAAGCCCUAUUGUGUCCGCUCCUGUCUGAUGCCCUUUUCAGUAUUUCCUGUCUUAACUAGCACUUUUGCAUACGACUGCCCUUCAAGAUGGUUUCGAUUGAACGUCUCCUGGAGUACAUCGACCUGCCACCCGAGGAACCACCGAAUGCCACCAUGAACAAUACCGCCAAUCUGCCACUCAUCAGCGUCGAUCCGCUUUGGCCUCAGUGUGGUGAGGUGCAUUUCCAGAACGUCUGGCUCAAGUAUCCCGGCAAAUCCAACUGGGCCCUGAGUAAUAUCGACCUCCACAUUCGUCCUAGCUGUAAGGUGAGUCUGUGAUGUUCGACUGCCGCAUCCCGCCCAAGCUUUUAACUGGGUUGCCCUAGAUCCUUCUGAAGUUCUGACUUAAUUUCAUCGUCGUACGACCAAUAGACGCAGCAGCAGCAGCAGCAGUGAACUUUAUGCUCUGCUGAGGAACAUUUCAAGUGCUGGACAAGUGAUCCAUGCAUGCCUGCACUGUUCACGCGCAUUCCGGAUCCGAAGUGACCUGGCCGGACGUCUCCAUGUAAACUUCCAUACAUAGAGUAGUGUGAGCUAACUCAUGAAAUGUCGACCGAAAUUCCGAAAUGGGUUUUCGUUUAGAAAAGAUAAAUUACGUCGGAUUGUAAAAUUAACCAUCCUAGAGCAUAGUUUUAUAAUAAUUCAGUUACACCACGAUGCCAGCUUUCGAACGAAAUCUUUUUCAGCUGCAUGAAACAACCACACUCUCUACAAAAAUGACUAAUUAUGUAGGAUACUUUUUUAUUGAUUUUGAAUGCCCAUAAAAAUCCAAUUACAUAUCAUGGAAAACAUGCAUAAAAUAUUCAUUUUUACACUCUUUCGGUAGAAGAUUACGUCUUCUUCCAAUUUUAUGGUCGAACGAAAUGUAGAAUUCGGUUUUAAAAUGGUUUGUAAUUGCGAGAUUUUUAAUACUGUAAAAUGGCCGUUCAUAAAACGUUACGUGUCUGCAUUUGCCAAUUUGGCUUGUAAAGUUGACAAUGCGGCUCAAAUCCACUGUUAAAUUUUAUGAACCCGCUAUGGUUUCCUCUUAACACCGUAGAGAAAUUUAUGGCUUUUCGUACGUGGAAAAUAUACGGUUUGUAGUUUGGAACCCCUUAAGGCAAGUAUAAGGUUAGGCUGGGUUUAAAAUUAUUCGGAAAUUGGAAAUGUUUCUGAAAACCGAAUUGUAUCCCUCCUUUGAGUAAAAAAAUUGGAAGAAAACGUAAUUUUCUACUGUAUGAGCAAAAGAAUGAAUAUUUGUAUGCGUGUUUUCCAUCAAAUAUAAUUAAAUUUUUAAGGACAUCGAAAACCAAUUUGAAAAAUGCAUGCAGCAGGGACGAAGUUCGCGUAAAACGUGGCAUCGUGAGGUGACUGAAUUAAUAUAUAAUUAUGCUGCAUGAUAAUUAGUGUUACAACCCUAUUUAAUUUAUCUUUUCGAAACGAAAACGAAUUUCGCUUGACAUUUGAUGCGUUUGCCAACCUGCUGUACAGUCCUGCUGUCAGUGACCGUUCAGAUGAAAUGCCAGUCGAGAUUCUGGCAUGCGUUUCCGAUUAGGGAGAAUUAUUUAGGCGGGAUUGCAAUAUUAAUUAUCCCGCAGCAUAGGCCCAUAAUAUUUCGUACUCGUUGGGUUUUUGGCUUGAGGAUGAAUUUUUUCGAUCGCCUGUAAAAAACGCACUCAGCAAAGAUGGCAUCUUAAGUAGUACGCACUCAUAGGGAAAAUGCACGAAAAUAUGCAUUCGCUCACUCAUUUGGUAGCAAAUCCCGUCGUUAUCGCAUUUUAUACUCGAAGUAAGAGUACCUUUCGGUUUUUAGAAGUCUCUCGUAAUGAGAUUUUCUGAGAUCAUUCAAUGUCAAUUUAUACAGCAUCGUACCUGUCCGUUUAUUGAUGCUCCUCAUGAAGUUGUCGUAAGCGUACGCCAUGGCUUACUUUCUUCUUCAGGUAUACUUGUGCGUAGUCCCGCUCAUAACCUGUAAUGAGGCAGGUGAAUUCUGUUGAGUUUACGUACGUACGAAAAAUCAAGCUGCGAUUAUCCGACUUUUUUGCGACCUGGAGCUGACAUCCUAUUCUGCUCAGCAAUGUAUUUCAUUAUUUUGUACAUAAUCUUUACACAUAAAUAUUUCAUUGAUAUUUUGGCAGAUUUUGAAUAAUUCAUAUUGACCUCGUAGCUCAGGUGGUUAGAGCGUUGGCUACGCUAAAGCCUUCCCCUUACUGCGUGGGUUCGAAUCCCACCGAGGCGCCGAGUUUUUCACAGUUGGGUCAAUAUGAACAUAAAUAUUUGUUUUCCAUAGAUUUUUACUUAAUAGCAGUCAGUUGACUUACUAGGAAGGUACAAACAGACGUCCAUACUUACGUUAAUUGAUUUUUUCCUUGUCCAUUAGGGCGUAUUUUCAUAGCUUCUUUAGUAUUCUUGUGCAUCGUGCCACUGCAGCAAAUUCCGCACAGCCACUAUAUUUGGCACUUACUGUUCUUCUCUCCUAUUGGUUGCUCACUUCAUUGGUCCCUGGGCUGUCGCAAAAUUGCAGGUGGUGGAUUAUUCAGUUACCUUUUAUUUAUUAAGAUCCGCCUUUUGUUUAUUCACGUCAUAGUUUGUAAUCGUUAAACGCUGAUGCAACCGUUCAUCUGGCUCAAGAUCAUUCGGGAAUUCUAAAAACCCUUACAAAACCUAAAUAUGUCCUUUCGUCGAGCAUAAUGCGUGACUACGGCGUGAUUUGCUGCCAAAAACGCAUGUUUUCCACAAGAUGUAUUUCAAUUUGUAAGACCGUCAACAAUUCAAUGUAAAAAAUGUUUAUUACUUAAGUAUUGAUUUUUACUGAAUAAGGUUUUCACAGCACUUCUUAAAAGUGCAGCCGAAAGCCAACAUCCCCGCAAGUCCGGAAUUUCAUAAUACUUUGCCGCAAGAUGAUCAAUAUUGCGACCCCACCUAAGUUAUUCUUCUUAUUCAAAAACAUCUUUCAGAGUUUCGACUAACACUUCGUGAGAUCGGUCACUGACUGUAUUUCUCAGAGUAAGGCUGCUGCCGCUGGUCCAACUGCACAACCUACCUAACCUAGCCUAACUGCAGGCCCCAAAAUCUCAACCAAACAACGAAUAGAUCACGGUGACUCACUAAUCUUUGUGGUUUUUGGGGCUUCAACGUGAUAUGCCAUGGAUGCAGCAUUUGGUGCAGCAGCUGCUUGCAACCACAAGUCUUCUCACACUACCACAACGUCAUUUGCGGAGCUUUCCUACCUGUGCGACAUCCAGACAAGCUACUUACUCAUAUUUGCUCCUUUCUUUAUAUAAGCAAUUGAAGCAGUGCGACUAUGUUCAUCUGUUGCAAUUUCCAUCAAACACCAAGAACGAGGGAAAAUCUACUCAAGCACCGCCGUAUCGAUCUUAAAGCCAUCCCCCAGAGACCUUCGAGUGUUUGGCAGACCACAAACUCAAACUAGUGAGGAUGUCAUCGUCGAUUAGGAGAGACAACCUGUCACCAGUCGAGUGUUGUGCAGGGUCUCUCGAUGGAAUUAAAGUAGAAAAUAGCUCAUUAGUGGAGUAAAACCCUUCUCUGUCGUCCUAAAAUGGACUGUCAGUACAAUCGACGAACAAACACUGACACACUCAUCCACCGGUGAUCUGAAAACUAUUAAUGUUCACCUUUCCUACCCUAUUUUUUCUUUACCCUCAUACAUAUAAAACGGAGGAUAUGUGAAACAGCCUAUAAAUACCCUGUAUUCCAGUUGAACCAACGACAUCUAGAUCUAAAACCGCCUCUCCCGUUCAAUCUGAAUAAGUUCCAACAUGCUGUCUCCCUCUUCUCCUGCGUUUGCUAGUUGUGGCGCAGUCAACACAAGUUCAUAAGAUAGGAGCUGCAUAUGCUUGUCACGUACAGUUCGCGGUGUGAUUCGAAUGCAGACUUUGACGGUACCAUUAAGGUUUGCGCUGAGUCUUCUCCAGACCGCCAACGAUAUGGCUUCUCUCUGGGCUACCGAGAUAACCGUAAUUUGGAUUAUAGUAAACUCCUGGUAUCCUAUUCCCAUCGUUAUUGUUCAGUCAGUAGCCAGAAAAACUGAGCCGGUUGAGAGAACAAUAGAAGAUGCCAGCAGUUACUCUAAGGGACACUUACUCGCUUGGGUACAGCGAGCUCCCAAACGUUAUCGCAAACAGAACGCGCUAAAUGGCGACUAAUACAGAGUUGAAACAUAUCACUAUAGGGGAGCUUCUUACGAAAUUGUUCAAGGGUGUGCCAUUGUGAGGCCCGAGAUGAGCGGUUUGCGCUCCGCCAUCCACUACGUCCGAUUUCAUUGAGGAUUGAUUUGACCUGGUCUAGUCACUGACUCAUGUUAAUAAUUCAAUUUUCAAUCUUCUUUAAAACACUACCCCGUGACAGUGACGGUGGAAAAAGUAUGCUGGAUACUCCAAACCGGCAAUAUUUUGUUUCAGUGCCCUCAUCCAGAGUAAGACUUAAGAUACAACUGCUGCCUUCAGCCGGAUUUUCAUUAAAUAAGAGCAGUUCGCACUGUCAGUUUGACUGAGGAAAAAAAAUAAAGUGCUAGCGUAUGCCCCACAGCACUGUGGAAGCAGAAUGGUGACUUUCACCUUAAUUGGUUUAAAGUGUACUGUUCCUUCAAGCAUAAAACUUAAUGAAGAUAUAUUUUUCUACCAAAUAAGCAAAAGGAUGAAUACUGUUAUGCAUGUUUUAUGGGGAAUAUGUUUGAAUUUAUAAGGGAACCAAAAAUCCAUGAGAAGAGUUUACGCUAAAUAAGUAGUCAUUGUUUGCAAAGUGUGGAUUUUACAGGCGAUCGGAUAGAAGUUCUUUCUAAAGCCGGCAUCCUGAAGUAACUGAAUUACUAUCGGACUAUGCUGCACGGUGAUUAAUAUUACAAACUUACUUAAGCAAACUUUUUUCAGUAAAAAACGCUUUUCGGUCAACAUUUCAUGAGUAAGCACAACCAUUAUAAAUUUAAGCCGUGUUUCACUUUCAAAGAUCCAUAUUCAGUGCGUGACCUAUCAGAAGAAAUAUUAAAAAGUCAGCACAAAAACCCCUGUAACGCACAGGCCACACAUGCCGCAUCCUCGAAAUUUUUAAUACGUCAUAGAAACCACCAUUCUUCAAAGAAGACAGUUUGGUUUAUAAGUCGUUACGUAUUAGCGGGGAAAUUAUCUAUUUUGUUGAAAACCAACGAAUCAAAGACGUCCUUACAUGAGUUUAGUUUUUUAGGAUAUAAUAUAACUGACAGAAGAAAAAAGAAAUAUAGUAUAAGGAGGAAAUAUCGGUGAAAACCAAGGCAAAUAUAACUGAUUAGUACUUCGUUAAUUGUCUUUUCGUGUUUAAAUCUGUUAUAAACGGAGUGGACAUAGAUAUUACCAAGGUGUCCACAGUUGGCUGCUCAAUACAAUUAUUAAGCACAAAAUCCAACCUUUGCUGCAUUAAAAAGCGUUUUCUUGCCUUGUUCCAGUCCACACUGAUAAGCGCAAAGGGAUUUGGAGCGGAUUAAAGUUUGCACUGUUAGCAAGAAUAAGGAUGGAUCGUAGGCCACAACAUAACGUGUAUAAACAACAGGUUUUGAUCCACGGCAUAAAGAAACGUAGGGAACUACUUGGAUAUCAGGCAACGUCCGAUGUCGUCUACACCUGGACAGUUUACCUUCCAUAAAACAGGUGUGAAACGAACUCUUCUUUAGUUAAAUGUUUUCUGCGUAUAAACGAUUAAACAUACAAAAACAAUAUUGAAUGUAUACCGUAUUAUCUCCUCAAAUGUCGACUACAACAUUUCAUGAAUAAGGUCAUAUACUUUACUUCAUUGCUUCAUUUGACAAUAUCUAUAUUUUCUGUACUGCACCAAGAGGCUUCGAUUCUCCUGAAAGCCGUACAAGCCUCCGUAUAUUUUUUCGAACACUGUUUUUCUGCCUGUAUGCAGCUGGGAAUAAUUGGUCGCACAGGCGCCGGAAAGAGCUCCCUGGUGUCACUUCUCUUUCGGUUGGUGGAAGUACAACGUGGACAGAUCCUCAUCGACCAGGUGAACACUGCUCAGGUGCAUCUGGCCGAUCUUCGUAGAAGGAUUUCAAUCAUUCCCCAGGUUAGGACUGCGGAAACUACUCCUCACUGACGGUCUCUACACCUCUCUUUAGGUUCGGUUCAUAAGUGCAACAAUAAUACCUGAUCUAGUGUGAUGGAAUACGUUAUUUUUAGGAUCCGCUGUUGUUCGUGGGUACUGUUCGCAGCAAUCUUGACCCAGAGGACUGUUUUGAGGACGAGGCGCUGUGGCACGCUCUAGAGGCGGUAAGACAAUUUUCUUUUGAUCUUGUGGACUCUAUCGGGUGUUUUUUCUCUUUGCUACUGACUAUCUGUCAAAGGUGCAAGGGUCGGUAUUGUGUUGCAUUUAAAGUGCAUGUUAAGGCGCUAGCAGCCACAACACACCUGUCUGGCUCUGCUGUUUUUUUCGAGCAACCACACUCUUUGUGUAGAUGGUUUCUGUAAGAAUUCAGCAGCUCUGUUUAGCAUCCUGUUUUAAAUGUUGCAGUCUGCUCCCUUUUUGACAGCGUUCGCAGCCGGCUUUUUUGACUGAGGCAUGCGCUUUCCUUGGAGAUCCGGUUGGUGUUGCUGUUUGUUAAUAGCAAGGAAAUUUGAGGUCUAUGAGCUAUCUUCUCGCCUUUCCUAUACUUAUCGUUCGCAUUAGCAUAUGUUCUGGAGUGUCUUAAACAUGUUAUUCCAUGAGGUCGUCGCUCUCAUUGAAAUUUUUUCGCAUAAAGGGCCGGAUUCACCAACUUUCCAUGCGUUUUGACGUCUCUACUACAACCGAUGCUUACUCUCUAACGCCUACCCCUGUGUAUUAUCUCGUUAGGUCCAACUGAAGUCGGUUGUGGAGGCCAUGCCGGGCGGGUUGUGGAGCAGGGUUGCUGAAGGAGGAUCCAAUCUGAGCACAGGGCAACGCCAACUCUUCUCUCUCGCUCGGGCUAUCCUCCGAGGUAACAAAAUCCUGCUGGUCGACGAAGCUACAGCCAAUGUCGAUCCUGCGUGAGUAAUGUUCAUAUUCUGUCAUGUUCACUAGACCUGCACUUUGAAAUACCUCAAAGGUUAUUGUUUCGUGUAAAUUACUCCUGCAAGAUAAAACUCUACAUGCUACUUUUGUGCAGAUAUAGCUCCCACUUUUGAACUUUUCUCUGCCGUCAUAGGGCUUUGUCACAUCUAAUGUCACAUGUGUGAGGGGGGGGAGCUCAGUAAGGGACAUCUUGUCAGUGCGACGUGUUGUUUUCUGAGCCCUGGCAGUAUGUUAUUACCGACAAAGACAAGGGAGACUGGAAUAGCCAUUUAUGUCUUAUUGGCCGUUCUCAGCCAGCCGUAACCAAUCCAGAGGUGUGAAACACCUGGGUCUUGAUCCCGCGACCUAUUAGUUAGAAGUCCAACGCCCCUAACCACUGGGCCACUGGCUGGUUAUCCUGUCGGUUGCGAUCACGUCUAUGAAAUGAUGGAGGGACGCUAACCGAUCACGCCACGGAACUCACUCGUCCCGUUGUGCCUUGGGGCUCUCUCCUGAGCUCUGCCAGCAACCGCACAGCGGCGCGAAUUAUCAGCGGAAUAGCAUUGCCGACAAUGACAGGGGAGCCUAGGGCGUUGGAUUUCUAACCAACAGGUCGCGCGAUCGAGCCCCACGUGGUGCACACCUCAGGGUUGGUUUGGGUAGGGCUGGCUGACGAUGGCCAACUAGCCAGAAAUGCUCAUCCCAGUCCCGCUUCUCUUUCUCGGCAAUGCUGUUCUGUCUUAUUUACUUUCCGCUCUGCGACUGCUUGGCGGGACUUGGGAGAGAGCUUUAAGGCACGACGGUAUGAAUGAGUUCCGUAGUGCAAUCAGCGAGCGCCCCUGUACAAUUGAACAGCUUCGCGUCCUUCAAGACGGUCUGCAGUUGCCAAACCAAGAAGGUGGCUCAUGUGCUCAUUUCCAAUGGAUCAACCGGCCUGACAAAAAAGCCGCAUAUUCUGAUGCGAUGGGCUGAACACUUUAGAUGCUUUCUGAAUCGGCCUUGCGGGGGCUUUCACUCAUGGCCACUGACGUAGGCCUCGACUGACCGCCCUCGCUGCAGAAGACGACCAGUGUUGUGCAUCAGAUGACAAACAAAAAGUCCCCGAGCACUGACUUACUUCCAACUGGACUUUAAAAUUAUUACGACAGUUAGCCCAUGGACAAACUCAGCGCGCUAUUCCAGAUGAUAUGGAAACAUGGACAAAUCUCUCAGGACUUAAAGGACGCCAACGUCGCCCAGCCAUACGGACACAAGAGGAAUCGGCAACCCUGUAACAACCACAGAAGCAACUCUCUCUUAAAAAUCGCAUAGCCAGUCUUCACCCAUUUCCUGUGUAAUCACCUAAACCUUCUCCUGCGGCAAUGACCUCUCACUGAAAAUCAAUAUUGAUUUCUGAGGAACAGCGAAACCAACAACACAAUCUUCUCUGCAAGUCAACUAUGAGAAAAAUCCGGGAAAUACACAUGAAAAUGUACACUACCUUCAGAGAUUUAAUAAAUGUCUUCCAUACAGCCACCCCCCGUGAGCCGUUGAAAAUUAUGCUGAAAUCUAGGUUUGCGGAGCGCCUUUUAUGUAUUCCGCAACAACUCUACGAAAGAUAGAUAACUCAACUCAUCGAUGCUGGAUCAGACUCGGGAAUAUUUGUGGCGAUAAAUGAAGCGUCUGCAUCCGUAUGGUCUUAAUCCUGGUAAUGUUCCUGCUCAGGUUGGAAAUGGAAAGUCUACGAAAACAAAAUAAGAGAACUCAACCACUUUCGAUAAAUUCUCCUCGGGCCAGUAAAGUUAUAUAGGAACGGCGUAGAAGUAAAACAUGUAGCGAAAAGAAAAAUCGAUAAAAGUUCUCCUUAAAACACAGGCGGGGUGUGGAAAUGUGGGUGAGGGGGGUGGGUAAUAGUAGUCAUUGUUGGGGGCGAGGUGAGUUGAACCGUUAUGCGCACAGAAGAACCACGUUCAGGCUUCGCGCCUACAGUGGCCGAAGGUCGACUAACAGUGCAACUCCCCCCUCGCGCUUCCACUCUCACCCCGGCCCUGACAAUGACUACUAUCAACCACUUUCAUGGCAUCUGCCUUCGAAAGAGUACUGAAGAUAUAGUAGCAGAAAGGAUCACAGACACUAGAAGCCGGAAGAAGCAGAAGAAGGUGUAACCGGAAUUAACCCCCUCCAGUCGGCCUUGUUCAGAGAAUCGGGUCUCCCUGAGAGCAGUUACGUCCGCCCAGUAGAGCGCCAGUUCUCAAGCGACCAGCACCACCCUCCGUUCCGGCCGGUUGCUCCUCGUAUUGUUGCAAACGGACGAACAUUCCAGGCCGCCGGUGUGAGCGGAUUCACUCUAGCAGCUUGUUGGGCGGGCUAGGGGGGGGAGAGGGGGGGUCGUAACGUUGCUUGAUCGAUAGUUUCGACCGUUGGUUUUCCAUCUCCGAGCCACGGUUUCCAUGCCAUGAUGUGAUCGCGGCAUUCGCUUAGUGCACCUUUUCUAGCCCCUUCCUCCGCACGGAGGCAGGCAGUGUUUUCCCUAAAUAAGGGUGCUGACUGAGCCGAACUCUGUUAAGGGUUAUGGCUUGAUUUAUUGGGUGAGCAACGCGAGUUAGACCGAGCCGUCUACUGGAUUGCAUGCCGCUCUCUCCAGAGGACUUUUAGAUGUCAUAGGGAGUGCAAAUGAGUGAAAGGGGGGGAGGUAGAGGGAGGGAUGGAGGCGGGAGCAGAAUUGCCGACUGUGGUGACACAAACAACACCGGGUUACCGCAGUUAUUUUAGGUCGCCGGUCAAGGCGGUUACCGCGACAUGACCGCUCGGCAGAGCAGAGCUAGCCAUAGAUGAGAGUCGGGUAGCAGUUAAGGACUAUAGAGAACAGUCAUCAUUUGUAUGGUGCAACCUUCCACUGUGCACGAUUGCCCUAGCUGGACAAUCCUACACCCAAAUCGUUAUUGUAAGGAAACAAUCAAGGCCUCCCUCAAACCCUUGCAAAUCAUUCCUGCGACCUGCAAGGACCUCGUCCAAGAUCUGUGAGUUUGGCGCACUGCCAUAGAGCCAACCGAGUAGCCGCUGCUAAGGAUAACAGAGGCUUACACACUUCAGCCGCGUGGAUUAUAGAUGCAAACAUCCAACCCCUCCGGUCGUGGCCACACUCUUCGGACAUUUCCGGAGUCAACACGGUAAAAUCUGUUUUCUAUUUCACAACACAAAACCACCGGCACCUCCCACACAGACCACUGUCGCCUCUACCACCAGGAUGCUGACCUUGCUUUAUCCUGUUCCCAUUGCUGCCGCAUUUUCGAAUCACACGCCGAUAUGUUCGGUCACCUAUAGAUCCAUAGCACUGCGACCUGGAACGACCUACAUACCUUGGAAUCAUUUAUGUGGCAUAUCGCCGUUGGAGCUGAAGUCACGAUCUAUGAAGCUCAUCGACUAGAGGAAAUCAAAGCAAAGACGGGGAGGCGAGCAAAUAAUAUGUGCCAAGGACGCUGCUGCGAAUACCCAACACCUCACUGAAUGACCACAUAAACCACCGGCGUUCGGAGGCCGCGCCAACUGAUCAGACAUCUUAGGAGCCACCGCGACGACAGUCUGCUCAAAGCAUCAUCUCUGUUCAGUACAUCGUCGGCACCAUCAACAUACAUGCCGCCAGAAAUGCGGACUCGGAUGCGGAUUGUCCCCGCUGCGACCGCGCAUUCCCACCAAUCGCACAGCGUGUACUUUACAAAUACUACAAACUUCAACAUACGCCUGCUCAGCCCAUGUCACUUGUUCAUACUGUUGCAGAACAUUUGAACCUCCCACGGACCUAGCCGAUUAUAUGCUGCUACAUGACAGUCUACUGUAAAAUUUCACGGACCAAAAUACCACAUUACCACAGGUUGCCCUACCUGCACAUACAUUUGUACUCGGCAUAAUGCGCAUGCAGGAAGCCACACCGAAACCAGGGCAAUUCACUCCUGCAGCAGUUAUGCAAGCAAAUUUGGCAAAGGCGCAACGACUGUAAAAAUGUCUCUUGUGAGAUCAUGCGCACGGCAUGUUGCAUGAUUCACCACAGUGACAGCACAGAUACUAUCUAAAAGUCCAUGCACAUGUUUUCCUGAUAUUCUGAAACUGUAAGGCGCAGCUGAGAGGGAUCCGACUCGUCAGUGCGACACCGCGUACUUUCUGACAAAUCCGUUCUAUGUUUGAAUUUAGCCGAUGAUAAUUCAUUCCAGAGGAUUUACUUCAUUUUGACCACUUACAUUCUGAGAAGCUUAGGAAUUGGAUACACUAAUCGUUGUUGCUUGCAGAGCUACCAACCAACGAAGUAACGCAAUUCUUUGUUGGAUUGAGGGUCAGAGUACAAUGGCUUCGUCUGUUUGUGACAAUUAUAGUAUUUUCACCAAUGCGAGGUCCCAGCCGCCCUUUUUGUAGCAUCUUCCGUCCAAACCAGGAGCCAGAGCGUGUGUGGCACGCGUAGGCGGGCUGUUUAACUUUGUCAGUCAGUGCAUCUGCGCCCGCCAUCUGUCGCCAGGACACUGCUUUAUAAAUGGGGCAGUGUGCUCUUUUGCAAGUACCUGAGAGAAAUUUAGCUCGAGGACACAAUGGGACCUCUCAACAUCUACAGUAGAUGUGCUAACUCAUGAAAUGUCAACCAAAAUUUCGAAAUGCGUCCUCGUUUCGAAAAGAUAAAUUAAGUAGUGCUGUAAAACUAAUCAUGAUGCAGCAUAAAUCUAUAAUGAUCCAGUUACCUCAGGGUGUCGGCUUUCGAAAGAACUUAUUUUCGGCUGCAUGCAAGACCUUUACUCUGCAAAAAUGACUACUUAAGUAGCAUGCAAUUUUCUCUUUGAUUUUCGAUGCCCUUGAAAAUUCAAUUAUAUUUCAUGGAAAACAUGCAUAAAAAUAUUCAUUCUUUUACUUAUUUGAUAUAAAAUCACGUCUCCUUCCAAUUUCAUACUUUAAAGAAGAGUAUAAUUCGGUUUUAAAAAACUUUUCUAAUUCCCGAAUAAUUUUGAACCCGACCUGCUGUUACACUUGAAUUCAGAGUUUCAAAACUACAAGCUGUAUAUUUUCCGUGUACGGAAAACCAUGCAUUUCUCUACGGUGUUAAGAGGAGACCAUAUGAGGUUCAUAAAAUUAAGCAGUUGAUUUGAGCAAUAUUGUUAACUUUACAAGCCACAUUCGUAAAUGCAGAUACAUGACGUUUCAUGAAUAGCCAUUUAACGGUAUUAAAAAAUCUCACAAUUAGAAACUUUUUUAACACCGAAUUAUACUCUUCUUUUGAGUAUGAAAUUGGGAGGAGACGUGAUUUUAUAUCAAAUAAGUAAAAGAAUGAAUAUUUUUAUGCAUGUUUUCCAUAAAAUAUAUUUGAAUUUUCAAGGGCAUCGAAAAUCAAUGAGACAGUUGCAUGCUACUUAAGUAGUCAUUUUUGCAGAGUAUAGGUCUUGCAUGCAGCCGAGAAUAAGUUAUUUCGAAAGCCGACACCCUGAGGUAACUGGAUCAUGAUAGAUUUAUGCGGCGUCAUGAUUAGUUUUACAACACUACUUGAUUUAUCUUUUCGAAACGAGAACGCAUUUCGAAAUUUUGGUUGACAUUUCAUGAGUUAGCACAUCUAUUGUAUUCUGCUGCCACUAUGAGGGACAAAGAUUUGUUUUAGUGUGGUUUUAGCCAUUUGGUGGAGACGAGUGAGGUAAUAUUUGACAGGGCCAGUGCUUGUCGUUGAUUUUGUGCGCGUUCGCGCAUAUGCAUUUUUGCCGAAGCAGUUUAUCUGCUUCUGUGGGUCAGAUGUACGCGGCCUCUAGCUGUUUUGGUUACUAAUACGAGACUGUACUUACGCGUUUCUUAACUUCAUUGCUAAGCUAUUUAGGGUGGCUGAGAAGUCGAGAAAAGUUACUGACCGCAGUGCUCGCCUCUCCCCUCGCUGCCUCCAUCUCCUGAAUAAAUGGCCUGUCCCCAGCUCCCCCCUUUUUCACUAUGCCGUAAAGUGUUCAUGGCGCACCCAUAAACGUUCCUCUUUUGACACCUCUAGAACCGACGCUAUCGUUCAGGAGACAAUCCGUACCCAAUUCGCCACUAACACGAUUCUCACAAUUGCUCAUCGCCUACAGACAAUCAUCGACUCAGACGAGGUGAUCGUGAUGGAUGCUGGCCGAAUCGUCGAGCAGGGCUCACCUUAUAGCCUCCUAGACCCUGCCGGAGCGGCUGAGCUUAGCAGGCAGUUGGCGGGGUCUGCAGAUGCUGCGGUCGCUGGGCUUCAACAAUCCGACGCCCCUGCUUCUGCCGCCAGGAUCACUAGCAAUGGUUUCUUUGCAGGCAUGGUGUUAAAGACUGGUGAAACGUCGGCUGCCAAGCUGACAGCUCAAGCUAGACGAGCCUACCUCCACAAAAUUGCUCACAGGACCUUGUCCUCUCAGUGA